AUGCUUCACCUGAGACCUGAGAACUUACUGGUACAAAAAACGCUCACGGAAGCGUGGAAUGCAAAUGAAAACGGUGCUCCUUUAAGUUUAGAUAGAGUUAUCUCAGAUUUCGACUAUACUACACUACAUGUUUCCAAUACACCGGAAAACAAAACUGUGUUAUGGCUGAGUAUCAAGACCAAGGUGUGGCAAAGUGCCUUGAAAUGUGGAAACGGGUUUUUGGAACACCUAGAAAGCAAAUAUUCAAAUUUCCCCGGAAUCACACCAACUCAGCAACCGGAACAGGGCUACGAUUAUACGUUACAAGUGGACUUGGCUCAAUUGCAACCGGAGGCAAUGGUGCAGCUAUCGUUGCUCAAGAUCCACGUGAUGAGCUUUGCGUUCCAAUUGGCCUUCCAGGAGUUUUCUGUGCUAAGCCAACAGACGCAGGAUCCAUCUUCAUUUUCCGGAUCGAACGACACGGGCGUUUUGAGGCAUUUGCAGUACAGGGACGACGAAAGCAUCUAUAUCAAGCCCUCGAAUGACCGUGUAACGGUCAUAUUCGAGACCUUUUUCCAGGACGAAACCGACAAAGUGUUUGGCAAAGUGUUUUUACAAGAGUUCGUGGACGCUAGAAAGCGUAACCGGAGCAUCCAGUCUGCACCCCAGGUGCUGUUCUCGCACGAGCCUCCUUUGGAAACUGCGUCUGUGACUUCCAACCGUCGCACCGACAAAGAUAGAAGGUUCAUCACUUUUGUACUAUUCCCACGCCACUUCCAGACUCCAGAGCUGCAGUUUUCCUCGGUGUGCCAUCUGGCGCUGUUCCGCAACUAUUUCCACUACCAUAUCAAGUGUUCCAAGGCCUACAUGCACUCACGUAUGCGCUACAGAGUUGACUCUUUCAUCAAGGUUUUGAAUCGUGCUAAAGUGGGGGAAACUGACGAAUCUGAGCAACAAACACGCCGCACAAUCACAGGUAGAAAAAUGGUGUACUAG